UCUUCGAUAAUCUGAUGAACACAGUCCUUAACAUCCAAGGUAAAACGAAGGAUAAUUUGAAGUCAAGGUUGGAUUUAGUCGAUAUUUGUGAUCGUUCUGAACUUCACGUUGAUGAGAACGGUACGGCCCCUUUUCCCAUUUAUCGGCUAGAUGGUGCUAGAAAAGAAGAGUUCUUUGAUUAGAUUACAGAGAAAGUGAAAUUUCCUGACGGAUAUGCAUCAAAUUUGGGGAACUGCGUUGAUAGAAGCGAAGGAAAGUUUACUGGCUUGAAGAGUCAUGAUUGUCAUGUAAUUAUGCAGCGCCUCCUUCCGUUUGCCUUUUCAGCAUUAUUGCCACGUAAUGUUCAUGAAGCAAUUGCAGGCACUAGUGUUUUUUUCCGUGACUUAUGCAGCAGAGUAUUGACUGAAGAGGGUAUUAAUAAUUUGAAGACAAACGCACCAGUCAGCAUGUGCAACCUUGAGAAGAUAUUUCCUCCAUCAUUCUUUGAUGUAAUGGAACAUCUUGCUAUUCAUCUCGCAAGAGAAUUGGAACUUGGUGGUCCUGUGCAGUACAGAUGGAUGUAUAUUUUUGAGCGUUAUAUGCAUCAUCUGAAGAAGAUGGUCAAAAAUCAAAGCAGGGUGGAAGGAUCUAUAGUGGCACAGGUGAUCAAUGAAGAAACUGCAAUCUUUGCUGAAAAUUAUUUUCCACCAGAAGUGCAAACAAAACACCGAAGACCUGCUCGGCAUGAUGAUAGAGGGGAGAGAGCAACAUAUCAUGUUACUGUCCCAAGCAUGUUCAAGGAAAUAGGACGACUUAGUGGAAAAUUCACGAAGCAGAGACUUACGGACACUGAGAACGCUCAUUUGCAAACAUAUUUGCUCACCAACUGUGAAGAUGUUCUACAAUAUGAGAGUGUAUAUAUGGCGGAGUUGCGUAUGACUCACAGGCAUGCAACAGAAGAUGAGCUUCGACAACUUAGAGAUAACGGAUUUGCUGCGUGGCUUCGUAGUUAUGUGAAUGAUGGUUUGGCCAGAGGUCUUGUGUUCGAUGAUUGGGUACGCGAAUUUGUGCAGGGACCAAACUAUGUGGUCAAAUCAUAUCCUAAAUUUUGUACGCGAGGAUAUGCAUUCACAAAGAAAGGUCAUUCUAAGACAACAUAUGAUGCUGGUGUUUCAUCUUCUUCUGGUGACGAUGUCUACUACGGCAACAUAAAAGAAAUAUUGGAAAUCCAAUUUCCUGGAAUGGUUGGAUUGCGUUGUGUAGUAUUCUAUUGUGAUUGGUAUGACACCACCCCAGAUAGAGGAGUGAAGAUUGAUGCGUUUGGUGUUACAUCAGUUCAUUCGCGGCGGAAACUUCAAUAUUAUGAUCCCUUCAUUCUUGGUUCGCAAGCUGAUCAGGUGUGCUACAUCAGUUACCCUCGGGUGACGUACAGAGACGAUCCAUGGGUUACUGUAACGCAAAUCAACCCAAGAGGACGAGUGGAUGGAACUUCUGAUGAUGAUGAACCAUUGCAACCAGAGUCUACCAGCAACGCCCAGGCAGUUGAAGAUUUGGAAAAUGUUCAACUCGUUGAGAAUUUGACUGUGUUUGGACAUGAUGCUGUCGUACAUUCAGAGCCGGAAGCCGAGGUUGGGGAGUUUGAUGAAGAUUCAGAAGAUUCUGAUUAGUUUUUUUUUUUUAUUAUUGGUCCGUCGGAAAUCCCUCGCAAUAUACCGACGACAUAGCGACGACAACGGGUUUCAUUGAAAAUUGGAAAGGUCGUCGGUAUUUCGUCGGAAAAUACCGACGACAUGUUUUUCUAUAAAGUUUCAAUCAUAAAAAUCUAUAAAUUUAGAU